CCUGUUCCCGCGCCAUCUCAGACACCUGUCCGGCCUCAUCUGCGCGUCCCGGGAAUCCCGCAGAUGCAUUCACUGUCAACACUCUCGCAUUCGACGCCAAGAACUGUACAUGAACUGGGAUCUGAUUACUCCCGCUACCCAAAUCCAUUCGCUACACGAUCAAACUCGGCGAAUACAUCGCAGCAAGAUCUGUCAGCUUUGACCGUACAAUCGCCGACAUCCAGCUCAUCAUCGCAUCUGGCACCAAGCAACGCAGUAUCAUCCUCAGACUUGGCUAAGCGUCUGUCGAAUCCAUUCAAGGACGAGCUGCCUUUCUUCUGGCUUGACGACCGACUUUCCGCUCCAUGUGCUUUCCCGUUGUACGUGGAUCAACAAGAGGAAGAUGAUGACAUGCACAUGCCCAAGUGGGACGACGAUAAGCAAUUUAAGCCUACAUUCAAAGAUCGCUUCUCCAGAGCCAACAUCGUCAACACAAUCGGUGUCAUCUUUCUGAUCACCGGCCUUUUUAUGAUCUUUGUGGUUCUACCGGUUGUGUCAUUCACCGGAACUAGUCUCAUCCCGUACACUUAUGAUACUCCGUUGGACCAAAUGUACGGCUACGGCUACGGCGAUGAUGGCGAGUCUUGGGCCCAUGUGAACGACAAUAUCUAUCCGCUCAUCCAGAAUGUCCGAUCUGGACUCAUCGAUCAUGAUACCCCAGCAUCCGCCAUGAGGAAGACUGGCGUUGAUGGCCAUGACCUCGUGUUGGUCUUCAGCGACGAGUUCAACGCCAAAAACAGAACAUUCUAUCCCGGAGACGAUCCAUACUGGUUUGCACCAGAUAUGUGGUACGGAGCGACACAAGAUCUGGAAUGGUACGAUCCGGAUGCUGCAAAUACUGGCGAUGGCACUCUACAGCUUCAGCUUGAUGCGUUCCAAAAUCAUGGACUAGGUUACCGCUCUGGUGCUUUACACACCUGGAACCAACUGUGCUUCAAGGGCGGUGUCUUCGAAGUUUCCGUCAGUCUGCCAGGACCUGCGGGAGUUCAUGGACUAUGGCCGGGCAUAUGGACAAUGGGCAACCUUGGGCGUCCAGGUUUCCUCGCAACUACCGACGGCAUGUGGCCGUACACAUAUGACAGCUGCGAUAGCGGCAUCACGCCCAAUCAAUCGUCUCCCGAUGGCACGAGUUGGCUUCCUGGUCAACGACUGCCAAAUUGUGUCUGCUAUGGCGAAGACCAUCCUACUCCAGGCACAGGCCGCGGUGCGCCUGAGAUCGAUAUCAUCGAAGUCAGUGCAGACUGGGGUGGCAAAGGCUAUGGUGUGGCCACUCAAUCCUACCAAGUCGCACCUUUCGAUGUCUUCUACUAUCCCAAUUACGACUUCAUGGAGACACCCAACUACACUUUCAGUAUGGUCAAUACGUACACUGGAGGGCCAUAUCAACAGGCAAUCUCCACCACCACCAUGCUGAACAACCAAUGGUACGACGGAAAACAGUACCAAAAGUACUCGUUCGAAUACCAACCGGGCAGCGGGAAGGAUGCCUUCGUCGCAUGGAAGGUUGGAGACGAUGAGAUGAUGCGCUUCGACGGUCGUGCUAUUGGGCCCAACGGAAAUGUGCAAGCACGGCUCGUCACAGAAGAACCGAUGUCGAUGAUCCUGAAUCUCGGAUUUUCGCACGGCUGGGUCAAUAUCGAUCAAGCAAACCUCAAGUUCCCUACGAUCAUGCGAAUCGACUAUGUUAGGUGGUAUCAAAGGGAAGGCGAAGAGAUGGUGACGUGCGAUCCGCCCGGCUAUGAGACAACCGACUACAUCGCACGACAUCCCGAAGCGUACAACAAUCCCAACUAUACGAAAUGGGAAGACGCUGGAUACUCUUGGCCCAUGAACAGCAUCAUGCAUGGAUGCUCG